AUGUGUAUUUACUGUCGGCAAACGCCAUGUGUAACGACCGACAGUCGCGAAUACCUUGGCUAUCGCGAAGCACAUAUUCAAAAUCACGUGCGACGAAGAAAAGAUUACAAGACGUACUGGAGAGCAUUGAACAAAUGUGGGCUCUGGAAAGACCCUAUUUAUCAGGCUAGAAAAGUCGAACUGGGGGACCACGUUAAUGCUGUGCGGGAAAGGAUGCCCAACUGUGUUAUAAAAGAUGUGAGGUCAAGGUUUCCUAACCCUCCUGGUAUUCCCUAUAUGUUAUAAAAGAUGUGAGGUCAAGGUUUCCUAACCCUCCUGGUAUUCCCUAUAUGGGGCAUAAAAGGGAAUAAUAAAAUUCUCAUUCAAAUGCCCACGUCAAAGAGAGCCCAAGUACCAAAUUGUUUAUGGUCCAUUUUAUAAUGUCCACACAGCAAAUUAUAGUGACUUUCCUAUAAGUUAGGAAAAGAUAUACAGUGCAGAGAAAAGUAACAGAUAAUGAGUCUGCUUGGAAAAUACCUAGUGUCAAACCUCAUACUCAUGUUUUCAUCACUUAGUACCAGCAGUUGGUAGAAUUGGUCCUCCUUAAUGACCUCACAUAUUUUACAGGACAUUUGGGCUCCUAUUUGUAAUUAUCACAGAAACUGUGGUGCAAUGGAAAACAGAUGAGACAUCAUUUGUUUAUAUUAAAAAAGGUAGACCAGAUAGUUUCUCUGAAAUGA